GAAGCAGAGUACGGAAGUGGAAACGUCACUGUGCGGGCUCUGGGUUCCGCCUGUCGACAGCUCGCCAGCUGACACAGCCGGUCUAAGACUUAAUUUCAACGUUUGUAUACAACAGAAACUUGGGAAAAUAUGGCUGGACGGCUACCGGCGUGUGUCGUGGACUGUGGUACAGGGUACACCAAACUGGGGUAUGCUGGGAACACAGAGCCACAGUUCAUCGUUCCAUCAUGUAUUGCCAUCAAAGAGUCUGCUAAAGUUGGAGACCAAGCUCAGCGAAGAAUGAUGAAAGGGGUUGAUGAUUUGGAUUUCUACAUAGGAGAUGAAGCUGUAGAUAAGCCUACAUAUUCCACAAAGUGGCCAAUCCGCCAUGGGAUUGUAGAAGACUGGGACCUAAUGGAGCGCUUUAUGGAACAAAUCAUCUUCAAGUACCUGAGGGCCGAACCUGAAGACCACUACUUUCUCCUGACAGAGCCUCCUCUGAACACACCAGAAAACCGAGAAUACACAGCCGAGAUCAUGUUUGAAUCCUUCAAUGUACCAGGGCUGUACAUUGCUGUGCAGGCCGUGCUUGCUCUUGCAGCAUCCUGGACGUCUAGACAAGUGGGAGAGAGAACAUUGACAGGCACAGUUAUCGACAGUGGGGACGGUGUCACGCAUGUAAUCCCCGUGGCUGAAGGUUAUGUUAUUGGCAGCUGUAUAAAGCACAUUCCCAUCGCAGGACGAGACAUUACUUACUUCACGCAGCAGCUUCUAAGAGAUAGGGAGGUGGGCAUCCCACCAGAGCAAUCACUGGAGACAGCCAAGGCAGUCAAGGAGCGCUUCAGCUAUGUGUGCCCAGACCUGGUCAAAGAGUUCAACAAAUACGACACAGACGGCUCCAAGUGGAUCAAGCAGUACACCGGCAUCAACACCAUCAGCAAGAAAGAGUUCACUAUUGAUGUGGGCUACGAGCGCUUCCUGGGGCCUGAGAUCUUCUUCCACCCGGAGUUUGCCAAUCCAGACUUCACCCAGCCCAUCUCUGAAGUCGUUGAUGAAGUCAUCCAGAACUGCCCUAUUGAUGUCAGGCGUCCUCUCUAUAAGAACAUUGUUCUGUCUGGAGGCUCCACCAUGUUCAGGGACUUUGGCCGUCGUUUGCAGAGAGACCUAAAGAGGACGGUUGAUGCCCGACUGAAGAUGAGCGAGGAGCUGAGUGGUGGCAAACUGAAGCCCAAACCAAUUGAUGUCCAAGUUAUCACUCAUCAUAUGCAGAGAUAUGCGGUCUGGUUUGGAGGAUCAAUGUUAGCAUCAACUCCUGAGUUCUACCAGGUAUGCCACACCAAAAAGGACUAUGAAGAGAUCGGGCCGAGCAUCUGUCGCCACAACCCCGUGUUUGGAGUCAUGUCUUAACCCGUCUCAGAGCAGGGGAGGAGGGUACAGGUUGUGUCAAGUGCUUUGAGAGGUGAUGCUCUUUAGCCAACCCAGUAUAUAGAGAGAACAGGAAACCAGUAUGUCUGCAUUUUUUUCCUAAAUCUUUUCUUGCUUUUUGUUUCUUUUGAGAAAAAAAAAACGAGACAAAUGGUUUUACAGUUUUACGAAACCAUUUGUUAUAUAUUUUUUUUGGAGGGGCGGUUCCCCCUAAACUCCAUGCAGUGAGUGGUGAUGGCGAACAAUCAAGGUGAUCCUAGUUUUGGUAUUAAAUGCACCUCAACAGCACCUGUGUAUAUUUUGUGCACAUUUUUUUAAUGUAUAUCCAGGAUGAAAUCAAAGGUUGAAAAACUAUUAAACGUGAGGGCAAGUGACUGUUUGAACUGAGGUUGCAGCCUUGACAUACCGUAUUUUCCCAACUUCCAUUUAACUCCCAUUUUUCCCAUUGUGUCAACACAGUCACAAGCAUCAAUCAUAUCUGCUUUUACUCCAAACGAUGAUGCAGAAAUGAUAAGAUGAAUCAGAGUGACUGAAUGAGCAUUAUUUGAUUAAAAGUCCAUUUUAAUUAAAUACCAAAUGAUGCGGGGAAAAAAUGGGAUUUGUGUAUUUAACGCCUUGCAACAUUCCAAUAAAGGCUCAUUUUUGUUUCUUAAACCUU